GCGUCUUCCGGGAUCGCUUUUAGCAGUGGGACAGCGAGUUAUCUGUUAGGAAUGAGUGCAAAGAUAGCAGCUCAAGCAGAUGCAGGCAAUACCCCAAUGAAUGUGAAGAAACUCUCUCUUGGCUGGAUAAUUGGCUUUCUUUUUACUGUCAGCUUUGUUGGUCUAUUCUCAAUAGUGCCGUUAAGAAAGAUGAUGAUCUUGAAGUACACAUUGACUUAUCCGAGUGGAACCGCUACUGCAUACCUUAUCAACAGCUUCCACACUAAUAAAGGAGCCAAGCUUGCCAAGAAACAAGUUAUGACGCUAUUCAAGUCCUUCUCUUUUAGCUUUCUGUUCGCAUGUUUUCAGUGGUUUUUCGCAGCAGCUGAUGGCUGUGGUUUUAGUAGCUUCCCUACAUUUGGUCUCCAGGCCUUCAAACAAAGGUUCUACUUUGAUUUCUCAUCGACAUAUGUUGGUGUUGGUAUGAUUUGCCCUUACAUGGUCAAUGUCUCAUUACUUGUUGGAGCCAUUGUUUCAUGGGGAAUCAUGUGGCCUCUGAUUGAGUCCAAGAAAGGCAGCUGGUAUAGUGCUGAUCUAUCUGCAAGUAGUCUUCAUGGAAUUCAAGGAUACAGGGUUUUUCUUGCCAUCGCAAUGAUGCUUGGCGAUGGUCUGUUCCAUGUUUUCUACAUGAUCAUCGUCAUGUCAAAAAGUUUCAUAAAUCGCAAGUCGGAGAAAUCUGAUAAUGAGGGUGAAAGCACCGGAGGGGACUAUGACGAAAAAACAAGAACUACCUACUUCUUGAAAGACCAAAUCCCAAAUUUUGUAGCCAUAGCUGGCUACUUAGUGCUUGCAGUCAUAUCUUUCAUUGUGGUACCACUUAUCUUCCACCAGCUGAAAUGGUAUCACAUACUGGUGGCCUAUUCAAUUGCUCCAGUCCUAGCCUUCUGCAAUGCCUAUGGAUGUGGCCUAACAGAUUGGUCAUUGGCCUCCAACUAUGGAAAAAUUGCUAUCCUCGUUUUCAGUGGUUGGGUCGGCCUCGAUCAUGGUGGGGUUCUUGCAGGCCUAGCUUCUUGUGGUGUGAUGAUGAGCAUUGUAUCAACAGCAUCUGAUUUAAUGCAGGAUUUCAAGACUGGCUAUUUGACACUUUCAUCACCACGUGCCAUGUUCUUUAGCCAAGUUUUUGGCACUGCUAUAGGGUGCUUAAUGUCACCUUUGGUCUUCUGGUUUUUCUACAAAGCAUACAGUGUAGGCGACCCCACUGGCUCGUACCCGGCUCCCUACGCCUUGAUGUACCGUGGAAUAGCCCUUCUUGGAGUCGAGGGCUUCUCUUCUCUCCCCAAGAAUUGUUUGAAACUUGCUAUCGGAUUUUUCAUUGCAGCUAUAGUAAUUAAUGUGAUAAUCGAGGUGCUGAAGAAGGUUGAAACAAAGUACAGAAUCUACAGGUUCAUCCCUAGUCCAAUGUGCAUGGCCAUUCCGUUCUACUUAGGCGCGUAUUUCGCCAUCGAUAUGUGCAUCGGGAGUGUGAUUUUGUUCCUUUGGGAGAAGAAGAACAUGAAACAGGCUAAAGAACUUGGCCCUGCUGUUGCGUCAGGCCUUAUUUGUGGUGAAUCUUUGUGGGGAGUUCCUGCUGCAAUUCUUGCAUUGGCAGGUGUUAAUGCGCCAAUUUGCAUGAAGUUUUUGUCUGCCAAAGCAAAUAACAAGGUUGAUGGUUUUCUAGGAGGCUGAUUCUUUGGUUGGAUCAUGGAAAUUUAUGUUUUCUUCUGUACUUUUGAAUCUACGUUUUUUAAAGUUUCCUGCUACGUUGUUUAUAAUUUCAAGUGUGUUUUUACAUUUGGUUUCGAGUCUUCAUUAGGAUUUGAUUGA